AUGUCAACGAAAGCGGUCCUUAUUACCGACCAGCUGGAGAAACCUGAGUCGGACAGUAGCCAUUACCGGGUGCUACUUGUCUGCAAUCUGAAUACAGCCAAGGCCAGCGCUUCAGUAAACGUCAAGGCUGGCACUUUCAACGACAAAGGCCUGCCGGGCAUGGCACACCCGAAUUCCAUUCCCUAA